CUGAAAUUGAAAAUAUUAAGACUGAACCAACAAUGUUAACUGAUCCAACAACCCUUAUCAAUACAGAUCCGGAAGAGGAACCAACAAAAGAAGUAGUUUUAAACGAAUCACCGGUUGUAAGUCCUACUACUGAAAAUCCUGAAUUGCCGAUUCCUGAAAUUGAAAAUAUUAACACUGAACCAACAAUGUUAACUGAUCCAACUACCCUUAUCAAUACAGAACCGGAAGAGGAACCAGCAAAAGAAGUAGUUCUAAACGAAUCACCGGUUGGGAUUCCAUCCACUGAAAAUCCUGAAUUACCGAUUCCUGAAAUUGAAAAUAUUAAGACUGAACCAACAAUGUUAACUGAUCCAACAACCCUUAUCAAUACAGAUCCGGAAGAGGAACCAACAAAAGAAGUAGUUUUAAACGAAUCACCGGUUGUAAGUCCUACUACUGAAAAUCCUGAAUUGCCGAUUCCUGAAAUUGAAAAUAUUAACACUGAAUCAACAGUUGUAACUGAUUCAACAACCCUUAUUGAUAUAGAACCGGAUGAAGUAACAGAAGUAAUUUUAGACAAAUCACCCGUUGGAACUUCUGCUACUGAAAAUCCUAGUUUAGAAAAAGAAUAUAAUAAUAUAUUAACCAAUUCGAUAACCCCUGAUACUACGAAACCACAAGAACAACCAAUUACGUAUAUAAUUUCAACUGAAUCAUUCUCGGAAAUAGAAGAUUCUGAGGAUCCUGAACGUACUGUAACAGGAGAAUUUACUGAAGAGCCAACUAUUGGAACUGAAGCUAUUGGUACUACUUCAGCUAUCUUACCUGAUGCUCUAAUAUCUGAUAUGACGGUACCUAAAGAAAUAAAUACAGGAACAGAGGCAGAUAAACCAUUGUUAGAAACAACUACAAAAGAAGAUCCAGAACAUAAUAAUAAAGGAAGUGAUGAACAAAUACCCAUUGAAUAUGGAAACGGUGAAUCAUCAAAUUACGAUUUAAAUAGAAUGAUAACCACUGAUCCAACAAGCUUGAUCAGCACAAAUGGAGAAUCUGUAUUACAAAAUGAUAGUGAAACACCUAAAAUUAAUACUGAAGAAACAUUUUCAAAUGUAAUAACCGAAAAGCCUGAUUCUAGAGCAAUGAGAAAACAUUCGAAACCAUUUCAUAAACAUUCUCAGAUUAUAGAUAAGGAGGACGCGUGUAAUAAUGUUGCACAAAAAGAAUCAGCAACUACACCGAAUUAUAUACACAUGCCGUCAGCGAUAUACUAUAUCGUUGAUAAGAUUAAGCAAUGCUUGACAAAAAUUUUAAAUAUGUUACAUCACCAAGGAUGACAUAAAAUAUAUUAGUGGAUUUUUAUUUAAAAAAUUGC